GCCAGGGUCACAGAGUCGCUCCUGUUCCGGAUCCUGGAGGCCUGGCCCGGCUGUUGGGAAGCCUCGCGUUUCCACCCUGCUUUGGGUUCCCACACCACUGGAGCAGUUCCUAGCUGGGCUCCCUGGGGCUGCCGCCUCCCCACCCUAAGGGCCCCUCCCAAACAUGCCCAGAUCUGGCUUGACCAGGCUCCCUCCCUUGCCUGGGAGGCAGGCCAAAGGGAUCUCCAUGUUUCCUGUGACCUGCUGGCAGGCCCUGACCCUGCAUCAUCCCAGCCCUCCAGCUAGCCAGUGGUUCCAGGCUUGGGUCCCCAGGGCAAGCUUAGAGCAAGGACUUAAUGCUGGUCAGGACCCGGCUGGGCAGCCCGUCACUCCCCUCUGGCCCUCGUAGGUGCCAAGAGCUGGCUUGCUGCUCCUCUCAGCUGCCCACCAUGGCCCGGGGGCUGCCCAGCACUGCCAGCCUGGUGCGCUUCUGCCAGAAGCUGAACCGGCUGAAACCACUGGAGGAGUCCACCAUGGAGACAUCGCUGCGGCGCUGCCUGAGCACGCUGGACCUGACCCUGCUGGGUGUGGGUGGCAUGGUGGGCUCGGGCCUCUACGUGCUCACGGGCACCGUGGCCAAGGAGAUGGCUGGCCCUGCAGUGCUUGUGUCCUUCGGCGUGGCCGCCAUGGCCUCCCUGCUGGCAGCCCUAUGCUACGCGGAGUUUGGGGCACGUGUGCCCCGCACAGGAUCUGCCUACCUGUUCACCUACGUGUCCAUGGGUGAGCUGUGGGCCUUCCUCAUCGGCUGGAAUGUGCUCCUAGAGUACCUCAUUGGUGGAGCUGCUGUGGCCCGCGCCUGGAGCGCCUAUCUGGAUGCCAUCUUCAGCCACAGCAUCCGCAACUUCACUGAAACCCAUGUGGGCAUCUGGCAAGUGCCCUUCCUGGCCCACUACCCAGAUUUCCUAGCUGCUGGUGUCCUACUUUUGGCUGCAACAUUCGUCUCCUGUGGAGCCCGCAUCUCUUCCUGGCUCAACCACACCCUCUCUGUCAUCAGCCUGGUCAUCAUCCUCUUCAUCAUCAUCCUGGGGUUUGUCCUGGCCCGCCCGCACAACUGGAGCUCUGAGGAGGGUGGCUUUGCACCCUUUGGCUUCUCCGGCAUCAUGGCCGGCACCGCCACCUGCUUCUUCGCCUUCGUGGGCUUUGAUGUCAUUGCCGCCUCCAGCGAGGAGGCCCAGAACCCAAAGCGAGCUGUGCCUAUGGCCAUCGCCAUCUCGCUUGGCCUUGCAGCUGGUGCCUACAUCCUCGUCUCCACUGUGCUCACCCUCAUGGUGCCCUGGCACAGCCUGGACCCGGACUCAGCACUUGCUGAUGCCUUCUACCGGCGGGGCUAUAGCUGGGCGGGCUUCAUCGUGGCAGCUGGCUCCAUCUGCGCCAUGAACACUGUCCUGCUCAGCAGCCUCUUCUCCCUGCCACGCAUCGUCUAUGCCAUGGCUGCCGAUGGGCUCAUCUUCCAAGUGUUUGCCCAUGUGCAUCCCCGGACGCAGGUGCCCGUGGUGGGCAUCCUGGUGUUUGGGAUCCUCAUGGCUUUCCUGGCGCUGCUGCUGGACCUCGAGGCACUGGUCCAGUUCCUGUCCAUCGGCACACUGCUGGCCUACACCUUUGUGGCCACCAGCAUUAUUGUGCUACGCUUCCAAAAGGCCCCUCCAUCCAGUUCCCCGGGUCCAGCCAGCCUUGGCCCCGUGGCCAAGGAGUACGACUCCUUCUCAGACCACACACAGCUGGUGGGCACACAGCAGGCCUCAGCCCCUGAGCCUGGGCAGCUGCGACCAGCCCUGAGGCCCUACCUCGGCUUCCUGGGUGGGUGCAAACCUGGAGCCGCCGUGGCUUGGGCACUCGGUGUCCUGGUGGCCUCGGCCAUCACCCUGAGCUGUGUGCUGAUCUUCGGGGGCUCGCCCCUGCACCUCCCGCUCUGGGGCUACACCCUGCUGCUCCUGCUCAGCUCCGUCAUGUUUCUGCUCAGUCUCCUCGUCCUGGGGGCCCACCAGCAACAGCGCCGGCAGGACACCUUUCAGAUUCCCAUGGUGCCCCUGACUCCAGCCCUGAGCAUCCUCCUCAACAUCUUCCUCAUGCUGAAGCUGAGCUCCCUGACCUGGCUGCGCUUCUCCGUCUGGCUGCUGAUCGGUGAGUGGGGGCCAGGCUGGGACCUGGGUGGGCUGCAGGAGGAGGGCAAGCAGGGAAGCAGGGCUGGGACGGCGCCUCAGGCUUGUGUCACCCUUGCAGGACUGGUGGUGUAUUUUGGCUACGGCAUCCGGCACAGCAAGGAGAACCAGCGGGAGCGGCCAGGGUUGACUGCCACACGCUACGUGGUAUUCCCCAGUGGCAGCCUGGAGGAGACGGUGCAGGCCGUGCAGCCCCCAAGCCACGCACCGGCCCAAGAGACUGGCCGCACAGAGCAGCCCAUCAGUCCAUGAGGACCACUGGGGGCGAAUCUGCCCUCCCCCACCUCCUUAGGGGACCAGAGGGGCUGGCAGCUGUUGGGGGCAGCUCAGGUUUGCAGGCCUGCCCAUGCAGGGGUUGGGGGGGGUCCUCAGGACCUUAGCCCAGGUGCCAAGCUUUGAGUGUUUGGGAGUGGGCUGUGGACAGUGCUGGCGUGGUGGACUCUGCCCAGCGCCUUCCAGUUUAUGACCAACUCCAGCUGCCUGGGCAGGGAAGAGGCCUGGAGCUCCGGGGAUCCACAAUAAUAACUGCUAGGCCAGCCACGUGGCCUGCUGCCAUGUCCACUGUGGUGUUCUUUGUGGCACUGAGUCCUGACCUUCCCCCCUGGAACUAGACGAUUGUCCCCAAUCCACAGCAAAGAUGCCGAGUCUCUCUAAGGGGAAGGCACCAGCCCUGAGACAGCCAUGAGUCAGGGACACAGUCAGGCCUGGUUCCCAGGGUCCUGCCCUCAGGCCAGUGCUCUCUGCCCAGCUCAGAGGGGAGCUACGCACACUAGGCACAGAAGGGUCUCUGACAAGGCGAGGCCAGGCUUCCACCCAGGCUCCCCACAUGUCCCCUCGGGGGCGGAUCCAGUGAGCAGAGCCUGGACCCCAAGUGGAGUUGUGGUUCCCUCAGUUUCCCAGGGAUCACAGAGAGCAGAGCAUGUGCCUGAGGCCUGCCCUGGGAUAUAGAGGUCCACCCGCCCGGGUCCACGCAUCUCUCAGGCACAGGCCCACGUGGCCCACACGGCUCCCCUGGGGGUGCACACCAU